UCUUUUUAAUUUGGUGUAAAAUAGUUUUAUCUAAAAUGUUUUUAUUAGCAUCAUAUUUUCCUGUGUUUAUCGGCUAUAUAAAUGAAACUGAAAAUAAGAAAGAUGGCAGCUUCCAUGGUUUGAUUUCAGAACGUGUACAUUUUGGAUCGUGUAAAGAAAAAUAAUGAGUAAUAUUUAUAUUCAAGAACCACCAACAGAUGGAAAGGUGUUGUUGGUUACCGGGGUCGGUGAAAUUGACAUCGAGCUGUGGUCCCGGGAAGCUCCGAAGGCCUGUCGUAAUUUUGUACAGCUAUGUUUGGAAGGAUACUACAACGGUACCAUCUUCCAUCGUGUGGUGAAGGACUUCAUAAUACAAGGGGGAGACCCAACGGGGACCGGAGAAGGGGGUGAAUCUAUCUAUGGAGCACCCUUUAAGGAUGAGUUCCACAGCCGACUUCGCUUUGUGCGGCGUGGACUGGUAGCCAUGGCAAACGCAGGCCCCAACGACAACGGCAGCCAAUUUUUCUUCACCAUGGCGUCCACUCCUGAACUGCAGAACAAGCAUACCAUAUUUGGAAAGGUCGGUGGAGAUACCAUUUAUAAUGUGAUACGACUUCAGGAUGUUGAUAUUGACAGCAACGAUCGCCCCACAUACCCACUCAAGAUCAAACACACCAAGGUGCUCUCUAAUCCAUUUGAUGACAUUGUGCCCAGACUGAAGACGAUUGAAUCUGAGGAAAGUGAUUCAAAGUCGAAAAACAAGUCGAAGGGAACAAAGAACUACAGUCUUUUAUCAUUUGGUGAGGAAGCUGAGGAGGAUGAGGAAGAAGUCUCUAUGGCAGUCAAGGAUAUGAAAGGCAAAAGUAAGAGUAGCCAUGACCUUACAGAUGACCCUAAGUUGAGUUCACAGCCUGCUGUAUCGUCAGAGGAUAAAAAGAGGAAGAUGGACAGUGAUGAUGACAGUGAGGAGGAG